AUGGAGGAGCUUCGGCCCCUCGCCGGGCAAACGCGCUCGUUCUACUUUCCUAGGAAGCUCUGGGUCGGGUGGCGCAUACGCCUCGUCCGACACCGGCAGGCUGCUUGUCGCCUCAAGCGCCACCUGUGGCCACGGCGCCAUGACCCAGAGGAGGAGCCCAUCUUCGGCGACAAGGAAGACAUGGUGCUCUCCUUCCGUGACGAGGGGAUCCGCAUCAGCGAGAAGAAGCUGAACCACUAUGCGAAGCUCAUGAAGAGUAAGCAGCUCCAGGACGCCUACGACUGGAUCGACUCGCUAGCCCGGAUGAAGUCAGAGCCCAUCCUCAACCUGAUCCAAAAGGCUAUCGACGACUGCAAAAACAAGCGCGGAUGGGACUUGGCCAGGACAUACAUCAUAGAGGCUUGUCCUGGAAGGGGGCAACCUGUGAAGAGCCUGCGGAAGCACUCGCGCGGAGUCUACGGCAUCAUGAAAGCUCCUAGGAACAACUUCCUCUUGCGUGUGCGGCAAGUACCCCUCGAGGAUGUCUCUGAGACAGAGAGAGUGUGCAAGGGCCCGAGGUUGGUGGUCCACGUGGGGCCGCACAAGACAGGAACCUCGGCCUUUCAGUACUUCCUGAUGAGCAAUGAAGCUUGGCUGCAGAACCGGUGGGGUGUGAGCCUGGGAUUUCGUGGUAACCCGAAGGCCACGGGAAGAGAUAUUGCCCGACCGAUCCUGAACUCAGAUUGUGCUGAACUGACAGAUGGCAAAGCUCCCGGGCAAAAGCGAACGCGACAAGAGCUAAAGAAGGCCUUCGACUAUACAAAGUCGAAGCUGGAAUCCUCUUCCAUUGUCCUCUUGUCCAGCGAAGCGUUUAGUAUCUUCAGCAGCGAUGACUGGGAAUGCUUUUCGCAUUUCAUGGGAAACGGCACCUGCCUUUCUGCAGUGGUGCUACACCGGGACACGGCAAAUUGGAUGGCAUCGGACUAUGCAGAGACCACAAAGAACACGAGUAUCCCACAGACCUUCGCGCACUACCAGACAAAGAUAUUCGGCCGGAAGCCAGACAAGAAUGGAGAAACCGACAAGCAGCUGCAGCUCUUGAGCAUCUUGGAGGAGAAGUUUUCUCAACAUGUGGUUGCUGCAUCCUACGAUUACUUGAAAGAGGAGCACUGUAGCGUGGCGGCCUUCGUGAUCUGCAAUGCCAGUCUCCGCAUGACGGGCCAGUCAUGGAAGGAAUGCCGCGACUCCAUUGACUCUCGAUCAACUGCUGCACACAACUUGUCCCCGCCUCGCGCAGCAAUUGAUGUGGUGGUGCUGGCCAAAACUGCCUACGAAAUGAAGCGGGCCUUGCGUCAAAACGGUGCCGCUCCGUGCAAGCCUUGGCCUGUUGUAAAACAAACGCCCCACGUCCCGAAGGGCACGCUGAUCUCCUCAAGCCCUGCAGUGCUGGAGGCCGCGAAGCAACUACCGCUUAGGUGCGAAAGUAUGAAUGCGACGUUCCGCAAAGCGACGGACGAGUGGUUUGCACGGACGAAAGCAAGAAGGCCUCGGAUGGCACCUUCAAAGCCCAUGUGCAGGCUUGACGUUGACAACUUCGGCGCGGAACACUGGCGUGUGAUCUUCAAGCUCUUGCCUGACUGCUGA